UUAAUUAAUGAACGCGCACCAUGGGUUGCAUACAAAGCAUUACUUGCAAAUCGAGGAUCAGAAGAGAGAAUAUCGUGGUAUAUGAUGUGUCCGCUACCAUUGAUCAGUGCCCCACGGUGAUCGAGGAGAACUCCCCGAUUGUUUUAAGGUACAAGACCCCGUACUUCAAGGCGUCUUGCCGGGUGGUGAUGCCCCCGGUCCCCCGGAACGAAACUUGGGUGGUCGGCUGGAUCCAAACCUGCAACCAGAUGGAAUUCUACAACACGUACAGUGACGUGGGCAUGUCCAGCUGGGAACUGCCCGACCUGCGUGAAGGCAGGGUGAAAGCCAUCAGCGACUCAGACGGCGUCAGCUACCCUUGGUACGGCAACACCACGGAGACGGUGACGCUGGUCGGCCCCACCAGCAAGGUCUCCCGCUUCACCGUCAGCAUGAACGACAACUUCUACCCCAGCGUGACCUGGGCCGUGCCGGUCAGCGACAGCAACCUGCCCAUGCUGACCCGCAUCAAACGGGACCAGAGCUUCACCACCUGGCUGGUGGCUCUCAACACCGCCACCAAGGAGAAGAUCCUGCUGCAAACCAUCAAGUGGAGGAUGCGAGUGGACAUCGAGGUGGACCCCUACCAGCCCCUGGGACAGCGUGCGAGGCUGGCGGGGCAAGCGCAGCAGGAGCAGCCCAGAGUGCUCACCAGGAUGGAAGCGAUCCCUGCCAAUGCCCUGGUCAAACCCAACGCCAACGACGCACAAGUGCUCAUGUGGAGGCCCAAGAGAGGGCCCCCGAUGGUGGUCAUUCCUCCCAAAUAGGACCGUUUACCUUCAAACAGGAGGAUUUGAAAAGCAAAACCAAGCAACAGCAAAGAUAGAUACUCACGCAUCUAUCCAGUAACACCAAUGCAGUUCAUUUCGAGACAGUAGUGAUGCGCAUUUGGCCGACUGGCAAGACGAGACAGGAGGGAAAGGCAGUCCUGUUAAAGCUGUACUGACGUGUGUUGCUGCCCGCACAGGAUUCAGGUUUCAGGCUGCAUGUUUGGGAUAAGGGAAGGGUAACGGGUUGGGGUUUGGUAGGUGGAGAAGUGUUUACAGUACUUGGACUACUGUAGUUCGAUAGUGAGGUGCAAACCAAGUUGGCCUUUAAAAAAACUAAACAAAAUGAAGAAACAGAUGUCAUUAUUUCUUUCCUAUGGUACAUUACUAGUCUGAUAUGGGGGAAAAAGGGCAAGUAUUGAUCAAAAUCGACCUGCAGCUGGAUUCAGCUAACUGAUGGAUCAAUAAAACACAAGAGGUGGUGUCUUGGGGUGGCUCUGUGUGCUAUGCAGCUUGUCACACGCGGCGCUGGGUAUUGAUGCACACAGAUUCCUUUUUAGUGUUGUUUGUACUUUGUUUUAGUGAAAGACUCGGUUGAUCCUGAUCUUGAUCUUGAUAUUUGUUUUUAGUGUUGUUUGUACUUUGUUUUCGUGAAAGACUCGGUUGAUCCUGAUCUUGAUCUUGAUAUUUGUUUUUAGUGUUGUUUGUACUUUGUUUUCGUGAAAGACUCGGUUGAUCCUGAUCUUGAUCUUGAUAUUUGUUUUUAGUGUUGUUUGUACUUUGUUUUCGUGAAAGACUCGGUUGAUCCUGAUCUUGAUCUUGAUAUUUGUUUUUAGUGUUGUUUGUACUUUGUUUUCGUGAAAGACUCGGUUGAUCCUGAUCUUGAUCUUGAUAUUUGUUUUUAGUGUUGUUUGUACUUUGUUUUAGUGAAAGACUCGGUUGAUCCUGAUCUUGAUCUUGAUAUUUGUUUUUAGUGUUGUUUGUACUUUGUUUUCGUGAAAGACUCGGUUGAUCCUGAUCUUGAUCUUGAUAUUUGUUUUUAGUGUUGUUUGUACUUUGUUUUCGUGAAAGACUCGGUUGAUCCUGAUCUUGAUCUUGAUAUUUGUUUUUAGUGUUGUUUGUACUUUGUUUUCGUGAAAGACUCGGUUGAUCCUGAUCUUGAUAUUGAUAUUUGUUUUUAGUGUUGUUUGUACUUUGUUUUCGUGAUAGACUCGGUUGAUCCUGAUCUUGAUAUUGAUUGCCCAGUUGUUGUUUUAUUGGGUGCGUCGCGUUUUACUGUUUCCCUGUGUGCAUCGUUUCUUGGUUGAGCUGCUUCUUCAAGGGCAGGAAUUGGUUAAUAACAUGCGGCUUGUGAGACCCGUUAUGGAUUUUGAUGUUAAUGCUUGGAGAUGCAAUUGGGGAAUACUGCUGUACUUGGAUUUAAAUUAAUAUAGUCUGGAUUUUUCUUUUGGGUAACAUUUACACUAUGCAGAGCUCUGGAGUGAAGCACGGUACCUAUCUUAACCUUCAGCCCUUAAUAUAUGUUUAUAAUAGACAGAGUGUUUCCCGUGUACAGCCCUGUUAAAGCUUGCUUUGUUACAUUCUAUUUUAUAAGCCGAGUAGCACAGUGGAACUGUCCAUGGUGCUGAUUGUAUGAACUGUGCCAGGAUUCUCUACACAGGAGCCUUUUUAUACAACUCAACAGGCACCAGCCAAGAAAAGGCUGAGCAUUUUGUUCAUGUUGCAGUGCUUUACUAAAAGAAGUGCAUGCAUGCAAUAUGUUUAUAAAAUGAAGCAAGAGUUAAAAAAAAAAAAAACGUGCCAACGUGUGUUUAUUUUGACCAGUAUGGUAAAAGUAAAAGAAAAAUGAAACUACAAAGAAUAACAAAGUGCUAUACGAAAUGUACUAUAGAAACCCGCUAGCAUCUGUACAAGUGGCUACAUCUGGUUUAAAUAGAAAUUGGGGUAUACUGGCUUGUGGGUGUGUGUGUGGGGGGGCGGGGGUGUGUGUGUCUUGAAAUAGAGAAUGAUUCAUCAACAGUGUGUCUGAAAAAACAAUAUGACCCUGUACUAUCAAAACUUAAUUAAUUUCUAACUGCCAAUGCAAAUAAAUGAUUAACGCUCUCAGCUAAAAAUGUGACUAAUCUCAAAUACACCAGUCGGGCCUUUCCUACGUUCUUCCUUGUCCUCAAUCCUCAAUCCGCAUGUAAGCUGGUUGUGAUAUUGCACAGCUGUAGAGUUGAGCAUCCUAAAUCUUUUAUCAAGCACAUUUUCUUAAAAAGUAUCUGUGUAAUGCACUCUGGCACCAGUGAAGUAUUCAUUAAAGGGCACGUUUCUGUGAGAUUUGAUUCUCGUCUGCUUAAUGUCCUGUUGCAUUUAGAUCAUUAUUUGCCAUGGUUACUAUAACUAUUAUAACUCAUCCUGCAACUAUUGCUCCUUAAAAGACUCCUCAGUAUUGGAGAAGGAUAUCCGUGCUGCACAGGCUUUAUUAACAGGUCUCGGUGCACAGCACAGCGUUAUUAGGGACCCCAGAAUCAAUCUUCAGGAGUCUUUUCAGAAGCAGCAUUUGCAGGAAUCGUUAGUAAGCAUGCCACAUAAUGAUUUCAGAACACAAACAAAAGGUAUUAAACAGAAGAGAAAGGACACAUUUGGGAAAAGUAGAUCAUAUAAAAUAUCCCUUUAACUUGAAUUGCAUACAUUUUACUGUGUUCAGCAUUGUCCUUUCAUUUGGUUACAGUUUGUUUUGUGCUGUGCAUUACUGAUUAAAAACAAAACAGCAGUCAGUGAGUAUUGAUGAAGAGCAGAUGUGUAGGCUUCAUGUUAAAAAAAUGUUCUGCUGCAGUAUUUUCAGCAGAUUACACCAGUACACAGAAUAAGAAUCUUAGCAGAAUCCUUAGCUGUGAUUGGUCUGGUUUUCUACUGAUGUCAUUUAUAACAGGGGUAACUAUAGCUAUUGCUGCAGCACAUCUGAUUUUCUUGAACAAGUCUCUAGUGAUUAGUCCUUUAAACAGUCGAGACCUUCGUUUCCCAGGGUUAUUUUUACAAGUGAGAAACGUCUUGCCUCUCUCGAACAUGUGCAUGGUGAUAAUGAAACUGAGCAAUGCGUUGAUGCACACAGACACUCAGCAGCUGUGGCACUGUGACAGGCUUACAUUACAGCACAAUACUCGUGUCACAAAGGGCAGCGAGGAACGAUGCGGGAGAGAACAUCUUUUUGUUGAAGACAUACACGUGCUUGAUAAUCUCUGCUGAUGUGUUUAAAGAUGGUAGAUCUUGCUUUGGCUUGCAGAAGUAUUGAUCAGAGGUGUCUGAUGCUCCAAUAAUUCUCCCUGUUCCACACAAUACAGUUAGAGCCAUUAAAGAGACUUCCAGUAUCAAUGAAGUUCAAGGCAGUGCAUAGCUAAUCAACAGCAUAUGUAGCUACAAGGAAUACAACUCUUUAGACCCAGUACUGGAGCAAGUGAUGCCCGACAACCAUGCAGCAUGAAAGAGCACACAUCAUCAGAAAAAAGGAAGUGCAAUUUGGUGCAAAUGACUAUUUGACUAUGAUCAUGUUCCUUCAUUUCAAGGUCAACAAUGCAAAAAAAAAGCUUAUUCAUAUAAUGUAAAAGCAUUGUGCUGCAUUCUUUUUUUUUUAUUUGUUUUUGAUUUGAAGGCACAUUCUUUUCCAAGAAGAAUGUGUCCCUCUGCAUGAAUGGAAGGUUGAAAUGAACACAAACCAGCUAGAAUGCAGUCCUCGUGCAAACAGCUUAGCGUGGAACAGCAGAGGGGUGUAUCUCUGUGCUGACACCCCUGCACAUAGGAAUGGGAUUGCCCCUUUGUGCACUGGCUACAGCAACUGCUGGGUGCCCAUGAGGUACACAAGCGCCAGCAAUGUGGAAUUGUUUUGAGACUGUAACUUCAGCUUUCUUUCCCGUGCUAUGUGAUUCAAUAGCUCUGCACUAUGCUAAUAGCAGCACGAGGGACGCUGCAGUAAUGGUGUGAGUAAUUGGUAGAAUGGUACCACGAUGUGUUUUUGGAUAUACCAAGGGUUUCACAACAGUAUGAACGCAGACACACUGGCUCUCCAUUCCACAUCAGGGAUGGAAAUAAGGCUCCCCUUGCUUGUCAGUUUGAUCCAAUCGUUGCUUUGCUAGGAGUAUAAUAAUACACCCCUGAACUUGUUACCUGUGCACAGGGGCUGAUCAAGCUCCUAUUAAAACUUAAGUUAUUAUCAAGACCACGGUUCAAAACACUUGUUUCUAAACCAUUGUGUUGCUGGUCGUCUGCUAUGGUUUGCUCUGGUUUCUUUGGUAAUAUACUGCUAGUAUAACAGUAUUACUAUUGCAUUUUUCAAUGUGUUUUCUCUUGAAUGUUCAGCCCCCAGAGGCGCACAGUGAGUAUGACCAGAUUAAGCCAGGCAUUUUGUUCAUACCACCUACACUUAGUGCAUACUAAUGUAUUACUCAGAGUGCACUGAAGCGUUGCAUGCAGCUUGCCAUACCAUUCAUCAUUCAGCGCCUCUCGAGGGAGGUAUUUUUGUAAACUGAUUUAAAACACACGACUCUGCUAAAUAAAACACACUUAUCACCCGUCACAGCCCACCUCCAGCUUGCAGAGCGCUCUGCAUUAAUUGCAUUCUCAAACUGGUUCCAGCAUCAAUUACUUGCUUGCUUGAAAUAUUUAUCAAGGUGUUUAUUCAGGAUAAAGAUUUCCCCGACUUAUAUUGUUAUCCUGGUGACAAUAGCAGCGCUGCUUUGUUUAAACUAAUGGAAAAGCCAAUAAACAUCUAAUAAACAUCCAUUAAAAUGGGUUUUAAAAUGUUCUGAAGUAGAAGCCCCUCUUCCCAGCUCUGCAUAAGUGCUGUGGCUUCAAGACGCUGUAGCCCAGUUCUCUAAUCAUUGAGCCACUCAAACCAGUUUAACACAUGUGGAAUCAGGUUUUACCACAGCGACUUUCUUUUGUUUGUUUUAAAUACUCAAAGUUUGUAGCAAAGUGUUUUUUUUUUUUUAAGAAUCAUUUUCCCAGUCACCCGCCAUCACAAUAAAACAAAAAAGCUGGUGAUACAUGAUAAAUACGUGCUAAACAUAAAGUGUGAAAUUUUUUAUUUUUUUUUUUAAACUGUGUUCCCGCACCUCCAAUGUAACAUACACCAGCCACAGUUUCUGGAGAUGUUUGUGAGAGCUGGCAGGCGAGUCUCUCUCAGUAACAGCCUCGGCCCUAAUUAAGCAAUGACUGCAAAAAAAAAAAACAACCUCAAGACGCGAAGGCCAGGAUGGCUCCUGCAGCACAGAGGAACCGCUUAGUCACUGUACAGAAAAAGAGCCUGGACACGACCCCCUUUUCACCAAACUCGAGGAGGGCAUCACGCACUCCCGGCGUUCAGAGUCUGCGCCCUCUGCAGAAACGCACUUAAUGAAAACGAACAGGCUGGGGAGCCGGUAUCGAGCCUGGACCCACCCCACUUAACUGCAUUCAGGAUCAGAUAAAUGGGCGUCUACAUCCCCUCUGUGCUGGAGCUCAUCCCAGUUCAAUAAGUAUACUGUGCAACCGGCUUGGAGUUCAUUGGACCCCAGAAGCACCGCAAAAUCAGCAAGAGCUGUAUUUCACGAGAGGCCUCUAAUAAACUCCAAGGGAAACGUGCUGCUGUCUGUCUGUGGGUCGCUCUGCUCAGCUGUUGUGAAUCCAUUUGAAACACUAGGCUGGGUUUUUCACACUCUUAAGCUGGGCUGAAAAAGGGGA